AUGUAUUUAAAUCCAUUUGGUCCUGCGCGGCAAAUUGCAGACAAGCCAGAAACAUACGCUACUAUGGCUAUUCAAUCAAGAAAACCUCUCACAUUGGAUGCAUCAGCUUCAACUAAUCCUUUCGCUCCAGCUCAAGAGCACUUCUCAGCCUUCAUAUCUAGAGUUAAUCCAUUUCAAUCUUUCCAAUCUCCAAUCCAUGCAGUACAGUCAACUUACCAAGGUGCUCCAUCUGAGGAUUCUGAAGGUUAUGAGGGCUAUGAAGAUUCUGAGGCUUUUCAAGAUUAUGAAAGUUAUGAUGAUUAUGAAAAUUACGAGGAUUACAUAGGCCAUGAAGAUUAUGAAGACCAUGAAGACUAUGAUAACUAUGAAAACUAUGAAAACUAUGAAAACUACAUGAGCUACUAUGAAGACUAUGAAGACUAUGAAGACUAUAGAGAUUAUGAAGAAGAUGCAUUUGUUGAAGUUCCUGCAGACUUUGAAGAAGAUAUUUGGGCAAAAUUUACAUGGUGGGCAUCCAGCCAAAAUGAGGAGGUGCUAGAUAGUUCAGAGCUAGUUCAGGUGCAUGCAAGUAUGAGAAAUUGUGGAGAGGAGCUUACCAUAGCUGAAAGUCCUAAGAAAAAGAGCGAAGUGGUAGAGUAUAGGUCACCCGCGAAAAGAUGGAGAAAUGGUAAAAAUGGCGCUAUUAUUGAUGGAAUUAUUGAAAAUGAUGGAAAUAUUGGAGUUCGUGGUAUUAUUGAAGGUAAAAUGAAAAAUUUGUAUUGCAGCAGACAAUGGGCAAGCAAUAGCAAAAAGGAUUAA